AUGUCGUCGCCCAAGGAAAAGGAAGGAAUCGCACUUGAUGAGAUCAAUUCCAUCCAUAUCCAACAUGUCGAUGGGCUCAAAUCAGCACCAGAAAUGGUUGAUCCGCAGAAAGGCGCCGUGAAUGCGUUUCUUAUACUGGCAUGCAUUGCCUUUGGCUCUGCUUCAUUCCUGUUCGGCUACGAUGACAAAGUCAUCUCUCCUAUUGCCGCCUUGACUGCAUAUGUCGAAAAAUACCAGGGUCCCAACCCCGUCACGGGGAAAUUGGUCCUGACUGCACGGAAUCAGAAUCUAGUCUUUGCCGUCCCCCUUGUCGGAUCAAUCAUCGGUGGUCUUGCAGCAUCCCCUCUAAACAACCAUUUUGGUCGCAAAUAUCCGUUACUGGCGGCAUACGUCUUCUCCCUCGGAGGAGGCUUCCUCCAGCUCUUUGCACCUAACCUGGCUGCAUUCGUCGCUGGACGCUUCUGGAACGGCACUGUUAUCGGUAUCGCCAAUGCAACUGCUCCUCUAUACUUGUCUGAAGUAGUCCCACCGUCGAUGAGAGGUCGAAGUGUGACUUCGAUCAAUAUCUUGUCACUCAUAUCUGGCGUCGUCUCUACUGUCAUAGUGAACGGCACACAUGACCUCGAAGGAAAAAAACAAUACAUGAUCCCACUUGCUGUACAAUGCGGACUCCCUGUUCUUCUGUUCUUUCUUACUUUCCUCCUCCCGGAAAGCCCUCAGUGGCUGGUGAGCAAAGGACGCAUGGAGGAAGCCCGCCGCAAUCUUCGCAAACUCCGUGGAUUCUCCGAUAUGCAAGUGGAUGAUGAGCUACGGGUCAUGAAGCUCUGCGAGGACAACGAACGAGCCCUCACUGCCAACGUACGAUUCUGGGAGAUCUUUGAUCGACAAAAUCUCAAACGUACCCUUACCGCUGGGUCUUUCUACUCUUUGAACCAGGUAUCUGGCGUCAUCCUUUCGACCACUUAUACUACCGUCUUCCUCACGGAGCUCGGAGUCGGUGACGCAUUCACAUUUACCGUUAUCGCAUCUUGCUGUACCCUGGCGGGCAGCAUCGUUGCUCCCUUCAUCAUCGACCGUGCCGGAAGACGACCCACGGCAUUUGUAGGAAUGACCCUCCUGCUCAUGAUCGACGCUGCUGCCGGAGGCCUCGCCUUUGAUACACAAAACAAGCAAUCCGUACUAGCCAUUGCCGCAUUAGGAUUCAUUUUCAAUUUCUUCUGGGGGGCCUGCUUCUACUCACUCUCCGCACUGAUGCCGUCGGAGAUCGCAACGCCCAAGUUGCGCAACCACACCAUGGCAUACACCAUCGCAUGUGCUCAAACGACAGCCGUCAUCACAACAUUUGCAGUCCCACAAUUGACGUCUGCGGACGCAGCGAAUCUGGGUGCGAAAACAUAUCUCAUCUUUGCGGGUCUGAUGGCCUGCAUCAUUGUUUUUGCUUUCUUUUUCAUGCCGGAAACAAGAGGGCGCACUUUUGCGGAGAUUGAUGAGAUGUAUGAUGCUAACAUUCCCAUGUGGAAGUGGCGGAAAUACCAGACUACAACUGAGGCUAAGCAGACGAAGCUGGUUUCUCCUGAAGAGAUGCUGUCGGGUGUAUAG